AUGGCUAGUUCAGUCGUGGGAGGUAUCCAUAAGGCCCAGGAAGUAAUCCGCGCGGCAGCAGGACAGGACAAGAAGUCUGCAGAUCUUUCACAGGAUACCGCCGAUGUCAAUGCCAAACUUAAGCUUACCACCGAUCAUGGAGUCAAGAUAUCAGACACAGAUCACUGGUUGAAACUUGCCAACGAAAAAACUUCCGGUCCAAGCUUGUUGGAGGACCAAAUUGCUCGAGAAAAGGUCCACCGUUUUGAUCACGAACGCAUUCCUGAGCGAGUCGUUCAUGCCCGCGGCACUGGCGCUUUUGGCACAUUUACCCUAAAAGAAGCAAUCCCGGAAUUGACACAUGCAGGAGUGCUGACAGACACAGCGAGGAAAACUCCAGUGUUUGUCCGCUUCUCUACCGUCCAGGGAAGCAGAGGCAGCGCCGACACGGUUCGCGAUGUGCGCGGCUUUGCUGUCAAGUUUUAUACUGACGAGGGAAACUGGGAUAUUGUCGGAAAUAACAUCCCAGUAUUCUUCAUUCAAGAUGCCAUUAAAUUCCCAGACUUUGUCCACGCUGUAAAGCCGGAGCCACACAACGAAGUGCCUCAAGGGCAGACUGCUCACAAUAACUUUUGGGACUUUAGUUUUCUUCACGAGGAAUCAACGCACAUGUUCAUGUGGGCCAUGUCUGAUCGGGCUAUCCCGCGCUCUUUUCGCAUGAUGCAGGGCUUUGGUGUCAACACUUUCAGCCUGGUCAACAAAGAAGGCAAACGCCAUUUGGUCAAGUUUCACUGGAUCCCCCAUCUGGGAGUUCACUCUCUCGUCUGGGAUGAGGCAUUGAAGAUCGGCGGACAAGACCCUGACUUCCACAGAAAGGACUUGAUGGAAGCAAUCGACAACAAAGCCUAUCCCAAAUGGGAUUUCGCCAUCCAAGUGAUUCCCGAGGAGAAACAAAACGACUUUGAGUUUGACCCUCUAGAUGCCACAAAGAUCUGGCCAGAGGAGCUUGUCCCGCUCCGUGUUAUUGGCGAGCUCGAGCUCAAUCGCAAUGUCGAUGAAUUCUUCCCGCAGACGGAGCAGGUUGCUUUCUGCACCAGCCAUAUCGUGCCAGGAGUCGACUUCUCCAACGACCCACUCUUGCAGGGACGCAACUUCUCCUACUUUGACACGCAGAUCUCUCGUCUCGGCAUCAACUGGGAAGAGCUGCCCAUCAACCGGCCCGUAUGCCCGGUGAUGAACCACAACCGAGACGGCGCGAUGCGCCACCGCAUCACCAAGGGCACUGUCAACUACUGGCCCAACCGGUUCGACUCGGUGCCGCCGGCCACAGUCGAGGAGGGUGGUUUCAAGAGCUAUCCGGAGGAAGUGACUGGAAUCAAAGCCCGCACUCAGGGUCCUAAAUUCAGAGAGCACCACAAUCAAGCGCAACUCUUCUACAAUUCUCUGAGCGAUUACGAGAAACAGCAUGUGGCUAAAGCCUUUAGCUUCGAGCUUGAUCACUGCGAUGACCCAUUUGUGUACCAACGCAUGGUGCUGCGUAUUGCCGAGAUUGAUCUCACUCUCGCGCAAAAGGUCUCGGUCUCAGUGGGAGCGCCCACUCCAGAGAAGGCCGGCCGCCAGAACCAUGGUAAAAAGGCGCGCGGUCUAUCGCAGCUCGACUUCACGCCGAAGAAGCCGACAAUCGAGAGCCGACGUAUUGCCAUUAUCAUUGGUGACGGCUUUGACCCCGUCGCGUUCAACGGUGUCUACGCGGGCGUCAAGGCCGCAGGCGCCCUCCCGUUUGUUAUCGGUACGAAGAGACAGCCAAUUUUUGCUGAUGGUGUCGAUCCACAGACUGGAAAGGGCGUGACGCCUGAGCACCAGUACGACGGCAUGCGCUCAACCAUGUUUGAUGCCACUUUUAUCCCCGGUGGAUCGCAUAUCAAGACACUGGCGAAGAACGGGCAAAUCCGUCACUGGAUCUCGGAAUCGUUUGGACACCUGAAGGCGAUAGGUGCCACGGGAGAGGCAGUUGAGCUAGUCAACAGGGUCUUGAGAGACGUCGACGGCCUGAAAUUUGCAGCUCAGGGAACCGGUGUCGUCGAGUCGUACGGCGUGGUGACUGCUGCUGGUCCGCAGAAGCCGGAGAGCUUCAAAGAAGGAUGGAAGAUGGUACAGAAUGCGACCGACUUUUUGGGCAAGUUCUUUUAUGAAAUCGGGCAGCAUCGCAACUUUAAGCGUGAGUUGGAUGGGCUGGCCGCCAGUACUGCUUUUUAA